AUGGCGGCCGAUAACUCCAACAACCCAGACUCAGUUAAUGGAUGGAGCAAUAAGUCAGUGGUUACUGAAUUCAUUUUGUUGGGCCUGUCCAGCUCUCAGGAACUCCAACUUGUCCUUUUUAUAGUCUUCUCUGUGUUUUAUGGGGCUGCAGUGUUGGGAAACAUCCUUAUCAUCCUCACAGUAAUUACAGACUCUCGCUUACAUUCUCCAAUGUACUUUCUUCUCAGCAAUCUCUCCUUCAUUGAUGUGUGUCAGGCUACAUUUGCUACUCCCAAGAUGAUUGCAGACUUCCUCAGUGAACGUAAGACCAUCACUUUCCAGGGAUGCAUGUCACAAAUAUUUUUCUUGCAUGUUUUUGGGGGCAGUGAAAUGGUGCUUCUUGUUGCCAUGGCUUAUGAUAGAUAUAUUGCUAUAUGCAGACCUCUGCACUACCUGGCCAUCAUGAGCCGAAGGGUCUGCACUGUUCUGGUGGGAGUCUCUUGGGCCAUUGGCAUCCUGCACUCAGCCAGUCACCUGGCAUUCACAGUUGAUCUUCCCUUCUGUGGACCCAAUAAGGUAGACAAUUUUUUCUGCGACCUUCCCCUAGUGAUUAAACUUGCCUGCUUAGACACCUAUGUUUUGGAGAUCCUCGUACUCACCAACAGUGGUCUGCUCUCACUUAUCUGUUUCCUCCUUUUACUCAUUUCUUACACUGUCAUUCUUGCUACUGUUCAUCACCAAGCCUCUGGUGGGAUGUCCAAGGCACUUUCCACCCUGUCAGCCCACAUUACUGUUGUGGUUCUGUUCUUUGGUCCAUUAAUCUUUAUCUAUAUCUGGCCCUUUGAAAGCUUUCCAAUUGAUAAAUUUAUCUCUGUCUUUUUUACUGUCUUCACUCCUUUCCUUAAUCCCAUGAUUUACACUCUGAGGAAUAAAGAUGUUAAGGAAGCCAUGAAGAAGCUAAGGAGCCGAAUAUUGGUUCCAAGUGGGUUUUCUAGACAACUGUGA